GGGGCUUUUCCCUACCUAAGCCACGUGAAGUGCUUGCAGGAUGUUAGUUCCCAGAGCCAUAAACAACAGAGGCAAGCAGCUUGCAGAGAAACACUUGGAAGAGUCCUCUUUAUGGGUUUGAACUCUAAGGAUCCCUGAAUAUAAAACAAUAAGCAACAAUUGAGCAGACUUAAAGUUUGACAGAGGCCGAGACUGUCCACGUGGAAGAAUCUGAGGCGCAAUGAAACAUCCUGAGAACAGCCCUGGAAGGAUGAGCGCUGGUGCAGAUGGAGGCUGGGACGUCAAGAGGUACCGGCAGAGGCUCUGAGCCUUUGCACACAGCCAGAGUGACCAGACAGUAAGAAAUGGGUGACUGGAGUUUCUUGGGGAACAUUUUAGAGCAGGUGAACGAGCAAUCCACUGUCAUCGGGAGAGUUUGGCUCACAGUGCUCUUCAUUUUCCGCAUCCUGAUCCUGGGAACGGCGGCCGAGCUGGUGUGGGGAGACGAACAGUCAGACUUUGUGUGCAACACCCAGCAACCUGGUUGUGAGAACGUCUGCUAUGACGAGGCCUUCCCCAUCUCCCACAUCCGGCUCUGGGUCCUGCAGAUCAUUUUUGUAUCCACGCCUUCGCUGAUGUACUUUGGGCAUGCUGUGCACCACGUCCGCAUGGAGGAGAAGAGGAAAGAGAGGGAGGAAGCUGAGCGGCGCCAGCAGGCCGAGGUGGACGAAGAGAAGCUGCCCCUGGCUCCAAACCAAAACAAAGGCAACAACCCUGAUGCAACCAAGAAGUUUCGCCUGGAAGGUACUCUCCUGAGAACGUAUAUCUUCCACAUCAUUUUCAAAACCCUCUUUGAGGUGGGAUUCAUAGUAGGUCAGUACUUCCUGUAUGGCUUCCGGAUUCUCCCCCUUUACCGCUGCGGGCGGUGGCCCUGUCCCAAUCUUGUGGACUGUUUUGUCUCCAGGCCUACGGAGAAGACCAUCUUUAUUAUGUUCAUGUUGGUGGUGGCUGCCGUAUCCCUCUUCCUCAACCUGGUGGAGAUCAGUCACUUGAUCCUGAAAAGAAUCCGGAGGGCUCUGAGAAGACCAGCAGAGGAACCGCUUGGAGAGGUGCCGGAGAAGCCUCUCCCUGCCAUCACGGUCCCCACCAUCCCAAAGGCCAAAGGCUACAAGCUGCUGGAAGAAGAGAAGCCGGUGUCCCUCUAUUUCCCUCUCACGGAAGUAGGGGUUGAGCCCAGCCCCCUUCCAUCAGCCUACAAUGAGUUUGAGGAGAAGAUUGGGGUGGCUCCACUGGAAGAUCUCUCCAGGGCAUUUGAUGAGAGGUUGCCAUCGUAUGCACCAGCUAAGGAACCAGAAGAGGAGAAAGUAAGAGCGGAGGAGGAGGAGGAGCUAGAAGAGCAGCCUGAGGAGCCAGGGGUGAAGAAAGCAGAAGAGGAGGUGGUGAGCGAUGAAGUGGAAGGGCCUUCAGCACCUGCUGAACUCGCCACCGAUAUGAGACCCCUCAGCAGGCUAAGUAAAGCCAGCAGCCGGGCCAGGUCAGAUGAUUUGACUGUAUGAAGGUGCAGGAUACAGGGAGCACAUGAAAAGGAAAAAGUUGAAGAGAAAAGGAGAGAUAGAGAAAGAAUCAAAAGAUAUUUUUAAGCAAAGCGCUAAAGUGGCCAUUUGAAUAUUAUUUCCUUUCAUGAUUCCCAACUGGAAAGGUACUACCAUGGUAACUGUGCCUUAUUUGCCCUGUAUGUCCCUGUAUUUCCCUGUUUCCACAUGCCAGCUCACUCCUUACAGUAAUAUCUACACUGUACACAUAACAGAUGUAUUUUAAAACCUAACAUGGCAGUGAUACUCAAAUGUUGCCACUGUGAACGUAUUUACUGAAAGCCUUGUGUUCCACAUUUGUCUGGGAAUGUGGGGAGGAUCUGUCUUUCAGCCAGCAAGGGGG